GUGGCGCCUUACCGGUGCGCUGUCCCGGAGUCCGUGUCCGUUUCGGGGUGAGGGUGGUGGUCUCACCAGCUCAGACCCGAAGGUGGAGGCCGUUUUUCCUCGUUUUCCUCUGGGGUCGUGGUUCCUUGGGCCCGGCGUGCCGUCCGGUGGGGAAGAGGAGCGGGCGUGACCCUGGCCUGUUCUGAAGGGCCCAGCCUUGCGCUGAAUGGCAGCACCCCCACUGGGCCGUCUGGUGUGGACCCACCUGCUGGUAGCCCUCUUUGGCAUGGGCUCCUGGGCUGCCAUCAACGGGAUCUGGGUGGAGCUGCCCGUCGUGGUGAAGGACCUUCCGGAGGGUUGGAGUCUCCCGUCAUACCUCUCUGUGCUUGUGGCGGUGGGGAACCUGGGUCUGUUGGUGGUGACCUUGUGGAGGCGGCUGGCCCCGGGCAAGAGCGAGCGGGCUCCCAUCCAGGUGGUCCAGGCACUGAGCAUAGCGGGCACAGCCCUGCUGGCCCCCCUGUGGCACCAUGUGGCCCCAGUCACAGGGCAGCUCCACUCCGUGGCCUUCCUAACGCUGGCCUUGGUGCUGGCACUGGCAUGCUGUGCCUCUAACGUCACUUUCCUGCCCUUCUUGAGCCACCUACCACCUCCCUUCUUGCGCUCCUUCUUCCUGGGUCAGGGCCUCAGUGCCCUGCUGCCCUGCGUGCUGGCCCUUGUGCAGGGCGUAGGCCACCUUGAAUGUUUGCCAUCUCCCACCAAUGGCACCCUUCGGCUCCCCCACGACUUCCCAGAGCGUUUUCCCGCCAGCACCUUUUUCUGGGUGCUGACCGCUCUUCUGGUCACUUCGGCCGCCGCCUUCCAGGGUCUCCUGCUGUUACUGCCAACCCCGCCAUCUGCACCCACAGGGGGUCCGGGGUCUGGCCUGCGGGCGAGAGCCCCAGCGGUGGAGGAGGAGGAAGAGGCCUCACCACUGCAGGAAUCACUGAACCGAGCAGCACGCGCCCCUCCCAGCCCAGAUGCUGAGACUCAGCGGCUGCUCUCUGUCCAAGGAGCCUGCCUGUUGGGCCUGCUGGCCAUCACCAACGCGCUGACCAAUGGUGUGUUGCCUGCGGUGCAGAGCUUUUCCUGCUUGCCCUAUGGCCGUCUGGCCUACCACCUGGCUGUGGUGCUAGGCAGCACUGCCAACCCCCUCGCCUGCUUUCUGGCCAUGGGCGUGCUCUGCAGGUCUCUGGCAGGGCUGGGUGGUCUCUCUCUGCUGGGCAUGCUCUUUGGGGCCUACCUGAUGGCACUGGCAGUCCUGAGCCCUUGCCCACCCCUGGUGGGUACCUCUGCAGGAGUGGUCCUUGUGGUGCUGUCAUGGGUGCUGUGCUUGGGUGUGUUCUCCUACGUGAAGGUGGCUGCCAGCUCCCUGUUGCACAGUGGCGGCCGGCCAGCAUUGCUGGCAGCUGGCGUGGCCAUCCAGGUGGGCUCCCUGCUCGGGGCUGUUGCCAUGUUCCCUCCCACCAGCAUCUAUCAUGUGUUCCGAAGCGGGAAGGACUGUGUGGACCAGUGUAGCUCCUAAGCCUGGGCAGAUGGAGGACGUGAUGUCAGACUGA